CGGGGUUCCAUUUUUUUUUUUUUUAAUUAUUAUUGUAAUUAGGCUGUAGCGAUUGAUGCUAGACCGUUUUAGGGUGUUUUCUUGUGUGUUAAGGUGUAAAAAAAGAAUUUACAUGUUUGACAGCAGAAGUUGGCUUUCUACUGUAGCAAGAGAAGAUAUUUCUGGUCAUCUCAGAGGUAGCAGUGAAGUGCAACUUUAGCACGGGAAAAUGAGUGAGCUUGACCAGUUACGCCAGGAGGCUGAGCAACUGAAAAACCAAAUCAGGGAUGCUAGGAAAGCAUGUGCGGAUGCCACCCUGGCUCAGAUCACAGCCAACAUUGACCCCGUGGGGAGAAUUCAAAUGCGUACUAGAAGAACACUCCGGGGACACUUGGCUAAAAUUUACGCAAUGCACUGGGGAACUGAUUCCAGGCUUCUAGUCAGUGCCUCCCAGGAUGGCAAGCUUAUAAUUUGGGACAGCUAUACUACCAACAAGGUGCAUGCUAUUCCCUUGCGUUCGUCUUGGGUUAUGACUUGUGCAUAUGCCCCUUCUGGAAACUAUGUGGCUUGUGGUGGACUUGAUAACAUCUGUUCCAUUUAUAACCUGAAAACUCGUGAAGGGAAUGUACGUGUCAGCCGUGAACUGGCUGGUCACACAGGAUACUUGUCAUGCUGCCGCUUUUUGGAUGAUAAUCAAAUUGUUACUAGCUCUGGUGACACCACCUGCGCCCUCUGGGACAUAGAAACUGGUCAGCAGACAACUACAUUUACUGGGCACACUGGCGAUGUCAUGAGCUUGUCCCUUGCUCCUGAUGCCCGGUGUUUUGUUUCUGGUGCCUGCGAUGCCUCUGCCAAACUGUGGGAUGUUAGAGAAGGAAUGUGUCGGCAAACCUUCACUGGCCAYGAGUCGGACAUCAAUGCCAUCUGUUUCUUCCCAAAUGGCAAUGCAUUUGCCACAGGCUCGGAUGAUGCCACAUGCAGGCUUUUUGAUCUUCGGGCUGAUCAGGAACUUAUGGUUUAUUCACAUGAUAAUAUCAUCUGUGGCAUCACCUCUGUAGCAUUUUCCAAGAGUGGACGUCUCCUCCUAGCUGGUUAUGACGACUUUAACUGCAAUGUCUGGGAUACACUGAAAGCUGAUAGAGCAGGUGUCCUUGCCGGUCAUGAUAACCGUGUCAGUUGCUUAGGUGUGACUGAUGAUGGAAUGGCAGUGGCAACAGGAUCGUGGGACAGCUUCCUCAAAAUCUGGAACUGAAAAGAGCAGCGGACUCUGUGACUGGAAGAACUUUCCAGCGGUUGAAAACUAAAAAUGAUAGCAUAUCCAGUCUGACCAUACUAACUUGGACCCCCAUCCUCCCCAGCUCCAAAGGGCAAGAUUUUUUCCUUCUCCUGUUGCUGAAAUGAAGAGCACAAUUACCUUUCCAAGAAGAAUUUCUGUGGUUGUAAGCAAAAUGAAAUUGUGUAUUCCUUUGGGACCAUUUUCUUUUAUCUUGGGAAUUUAAAAAAUGAAACACUAUCAUAAAAGCAUGACCAGAAGAUUAACUUGAUCAUAAUCGUGAAACAGUUAGCUUUCACUGUAGUUUCCAAGUUGAAGUUAAGAACUUUGUUUUAUCUCACACACGUGCAAAUUUUAGUCAUGUUUGUAGCAGGAUUUUUUCCAAGUUUCCUUUUUAAAUACAUUUCUUCAAUUAAGCAAGACAAAGGAGUCAUAGCCCAGAGAAUCCUGGGGGGUUGUUAACAUUGUAAAUUUAGUCCCUGAUUUUUUUAAUUUCUAGUAUCACAGAUAAUUGUUGCACAAAACAUGGCAUAUAUAGGAUAAUGUUAAGAAGUAAGGUAAUCAAGCACAUGCUGUACAAGGUAAUGAAUGCUUGUUUAAAGAAUCCUUUCACCUUUUAUGGGCAACAAAUGCAGUUUUUUGGUGUGUUCCCUCCCUUCCCCCCCCAGUUUCGCCCCUUUUUUGUGUUGUUUUUAUCCACUUAGGUUUUUGUCCACUUGAAAGGGCAGUUUAUAUAUACUAACACUACCCUGUAGUCUCAACAACCAGGAAUCUCUGUUUUCAAAAGAGACCUAUCCUACACUUGGGUAUUGAGUCAAUUCUUUGUGUAUGAAAUGAUGUACAAAUCAAUGUUUUGAAAAUAAUGAUCUUGAACUUUCUAAGUUAAACAAAAAAAAAACUUUUUUUGAUUGUUUGCCAUAUUGGGUGGGUUUACUCUUAGAAUCGCAUGCUGUAGAAAUGCUAAAAAGUGCAUAUUGGACUAAGUCCUUAGAUGUUUUUUCUUUUAAAGAAAUAACCUGUUUAAAAACUGUAACCAUUGUCGCUGUAUUCAUCUAUUGUUGCUACUCUGUGCAUAAACAUAUGAAGAACUCAAGUACAAAGCUAUGCACGUUUUGGAGUAGCGUGAUAAAUCACUUUGUGUUUUUUUUUUUGUUUUGUUUCUCUUUUUUUUUUUUAAAGAAACAGCCUGUUCAAACAAUCGCUGUCAAUGAUUCUGGGGUGUGGGAGGAGGGAACCUAGACCAUCUUUAUAAAUCAGUUCCUUACCGCCAGUUCCUCUUGCAGGAUGAGUCCUUUGCAUCUGAUUAGAGUCACUUUUGUAAUGAGCAGGUUUUCCUGGCUUUCUUUUCAAAUAAAACAUUAAAAGAAGCAGCAUUUGGACAGCAGAUUGUUCUGUUAACGUUCCUAUCUUCUCACUGUAACCAGAAAUGUUCCUCCCUAGCAGCAGUAGUAGCUUUUCUCCAUUUUGUU